AUGUCUCAGUACUCCAUGAUGCAACCACUUGUCCUGUAUGAUGUUCUCUCCGAGUUACCAGGCAAUAACUUCUCGCCCAACCCUGCAAAGCCGAGGUUCGUUUUGAGCUACAAGGGUCUUCCAUUCGUAACCCUCUGGGUCGAAUACUCAGACAUAUCCAUCUCUAUGAAGGCCAUUGGUGCAAAGUCAAACAAACGCCGAGACGGCUUGGAUGUAUAUACCGCCCCCGUCCUCAGCGACCCCAACACCGGUGCCCUCAUCACCGACUCCCUCGAAAUUGCCUCCUACCUCGAAAAGACAUAUCCCGAGAAACCCAGCACCUGCUCAGCCUAA